GGUUGGGGCCGGCCCCGGGGCUGCGGCGGGCGCCUCGUCCUCAUUGGCUGGCGGCCGGUCCGACCCGAGUCCGGAGCCCGCGUCCGCGUUCACUGUCAUCUGCGCGCAUCGCAGUCCGGCCGCACUUACCUGCCCCGCGCGCCUCGCCGUCCGCCCUUCCUUCCCGGCCCGGCCCCCUCGGGCUGGAAGCGGCCGCUCUGGGACGCGCGGGGGGGGUGGGCCAGGCCGCCGAGGGAGGUGGAACUUCCCAACUCCGCACUUGCAGCAGCGCACGCGGGGCAGCGGAGGCCGGGGAAGGGGCGGGGAGACGAGGAGGGCGGCCGGGAGACCCCGGCCGAUUCGCAGCCGCAGGCGGAGGAGGGAGGGCGGCAGCCGCAGCUCCGCGGCCGCCCCGCCGCCCGCCCGGACUCGGCUGCACACGGAUCCGCGCCCCGGGCGGCUGCGCCCUCGCCGCCGCCUGCGCCCUCGCCGAGGCGACCCGGGUCGCCGGACGCAGCCUCGCCUCGCCUCGUCUGUCUCCUCCCCGCAGCUCGGGGACGGCUCCGGAGCUGCGACGCUGGACGGGGCUCCGGGGUCCGGACCGGCAGCCCCGGAGGCGGCGGAAGCUCCGCGCCUGCGAGCGGGUGGGUGAGCGGGCGCCCUGGGCGCCCCUUCCUCCCGCCGGCGUUGAAUCUGUGCUGCCCGUGUCCAGGUGCUGGGCUUCCGGACGGACGCGGACCCCCUGCCGCCGCACGGAGCCGCCGGGCCAUGCUACCCAAAGCGGAGACGGAAGCCCUGGGCCCGGCGCGAUCGCAUGGGGAGCAGGGGCGGAUGCCCGAGAACAUGCAAGUGUCUCAGUUUAAAAUGGUGAAUUACUCCUACGAUGAAGAUCUGGAAGAGCUCUGUCCCGUGUGUGGAGAUAAAGUAUCUGGGUACCACUAUGGGCUCCUCACCUGUGAAAGCUGCAAGGGAUUUUUUAAGCGAACAGUCCAAAAUAAUAAAAGGUACACAUGUAUAGAAAACCAGAACUGCCAAAUUGACAAAACACAGAGAAAGCGCUGUCCUUACUGUCGGUUUCAAAAAUGUCUAAGUGUUGGAAUGAAGCUAGAAGCGGUGAGGGCCGACCGCAUGCGCGGAGGAAGGAACAAGUUCGGGCCAAUGUACAAGAGAGACAGAGCUCUGAAGCAACAGAAAAAAGCCCUCAUCCGGGCCAACGGGCUCAAGCUGGAGGCCGUGUCGCAGGUGAUCCAGGCGAUGCCCUCUGAGCUCGCCAUCUCCUCGGCGAUUCAGAACAUCCACUCUGCCAGCAAAGGCCUACCUCUGAACCACGCUGCCUUGCCUCCCACGGACUACGACAGAAGUCCCUUUGUAACGUCGCCCAUCAGCAUGGCGAUGCCGCCUCCAGGCAGCCUGCAGGGCUACCAAACCUAUGGCCACUUCCCUAGCCGGGCCAUCAAGUCGGAGUACCCCGACCCAUACACCAGCUCCCCGGAGUCGGUCCUGGGCUACUCCUACGUGGACAGCUACCAGACCGGCUCGCCGGCGAGCAUCCCCCACCUGAUCCUGGAACUGCUCAAGUGCGAGCCGGACGGGCCUCAAGUCCAGGCCAAAAUCAUGGCCUACCUCCAGCAAGAGCAGGCCAACCGGAGCAAGCACGAGAAGCUGAGCACCUUUGGGCUUAUGUGCAAGAUGGCUGACCAAACCCUCUUCUCCAUCGUGGAGUGGGCCAGAAGUAGUAUCUUCUUCCGGGAGCUGAAGGUUGAUGACCAAAUGAAGCUGCUGCAGAACUGCUGGAGUGAGCUCUUGAUUCUCGACCACAUCUACCGACAAGUGGUCCACGGGAAGGAAGGAUCCAUCUUCCUGGUUACUGGGCAACAAGUGGACUAUUCCAUAAUAGCGUCACAAGCGGGGGCCACCCUCAACAAUCUCAUGAGUCACGCACAGGAAUUAGUGGCAAAGCUUCGGUCUCUCCAGUUCGAUCAACGAGAGUUCGUGUGUCUGAAAUUCUUGGUGCUUUUCAGUUUAGAUGUCAAGAACCUUGAGAACUUCCAGCUGGUGGAAGGUGUCCAGGAACAAGUCAAUGCGGCCCUGCUGGACUACACCAUGUGCAACUACCCGCAGCAGGCGGAGAAGUUCGGGCAGCUCCUCCUGCGGCUCCCGGAAAUCAGGGCCAUCAGCAUGCAGGCCGAGGAGUACCUGUACUACAAGCACCUGAACGGCGACGUGCCCUACAACAACCUUCUCAUUGAGAUGCUGCAUGCCAAAAGGGCUUAAGUCACAGCCCGUAGGAACUCUGCUUUCAACACAAAAAGAGUUUGGGGGGAGGGGGGAAAACAGGAAGGAAGAAAGAAAAUACUCUAGACCGCUCCAAGCAACACUAAGAACUUGGUUUAAAAGAUAUUCAAUUUUAAAAAGGCAUAAUAAUCAAGUACUUAAUAGCAAAUAAAUGAUGUAUCAGGGUAUUUGUAUUGCAAACUGUGAAUCAAAGGCUCCGUGUCCCCAAAGGAUUCCAUAGAAAAAAUACUGUAAUGGAGUGGAUUGAACCCACAGAUGGAUGCCCACACCAUGUCAGAAUAAAAUCGGACAGAACAGUUCUUGUAUAUUUAAACUGAUCUCUGCUGUGAAGAAGUCUAGGAACUGGUCUGUGUUACUGAUUAGGCUUACACAGUGGGGCACUUGAGCUCACAGAAUUCCUCCAUGGUAAAGCUGAACUGACAGUUCUCAAGGGUUCAUCAGCCACACGUAUCAUAGGGCCCCCCUUCCUCCUGAGGACCCAGCCCCUCCUGUGCUGUGAUCACAGACUAAGGACUUGAGCUCAGCCACACACUCGAGUAGCUCCAGUUAUGAAAAGCCUAACUUUGGGUGUCUGUGUCUCAGACCUGCAAACAGCUAAUGAGUCUGUUAAUAAUGUCAGCUUGCCAUUCUAAGUAGGCUCUGAGUUGUUUUGUCACGUGCUCACAAUGUUAAAAAAAA